UCGAAACCCAAAUCGAAAUCGAAAUCGAAUCGAGGAACAGAUUUACGAAACGGAACUGCCAACUCUUCUUUCCCCUCGAUUUCUUCGCUCGCUCGCUCGCUCGCUAAUCCCACCCACCGCCGCCGGUCGAACUCCGGCGAGGAAGCUCGCUCGCUCGCCGGCUAGCUAGGGUUAGGAUUGGGCCGCCGCGAGUUCUUCCUGCUUGAUUAAUCUCCGAUCUGAUCCGAUCCGAUCCACCGUCGAUUCCGUCGAUUUGAAACCUUCCCUAACCCUAGAAACACACCCAGGGCGAUGGAUCCCAGCCAGAUGAUGCCGCGGAGCUUCCCCAUGUGGCCGCCGCCGCCCCCGCCGGCCGCCUCCGACGCCAUGCCGCCGCCGCCGCUGCCGCUGCCGCAGCCCUUCCUCGCCCCGCCCCAGGCCAGCCGCGGCUGGAAGCGCAAGAACAACCCCAACAACAACAACAACAACCUCGCCGGCGGCGGCGCCUACCAGCCCCCCGCCAUCGGCGACCUGCAGGUGCAGAACCGCGCCAAGGCCCGCCGCUGGUUCAACAACCCCAACAACCCCGGCGGCGGCGGCAACAACAACCCCAACAACGCCGGCGGCGGCCGCAAGUACUUCUUCCCCAAGUCCAACAAGGCCGGCAACAACAAGGCCAAGGCGCCGCGCAACACCACCUCCUUCAUCAUCCGGGCCAAGCGGGCCGGGGGCAUCGCGUCGCUCGUCUCCCCCAGCCCCGUCACGCCCGCCGUGCUCCCCACCCCGCGCAUCUCCCCCUCCCGCGAGGGCCUCUCCGACAUGGCACAGCAGCAGUGGGGCGUCGACGGAUACGGCUCCAUGAAGGGCCUCAUCCGCCUCCGCGCCUCCUCCCCCCGCCACCCCGGGGACGCCGAAGGCGACGACGAUGACUCCAGCAGCGGCAGCGACGUCGAGGAGCACGUCGAGGUCGAGCGCCGCCUCGACCACGACCUCAGCCGCUUCGAGAUGGUCUACCCCGGCGGGAUGGCCAACGGCGGCGCCUACGUCUUCGAGGACGACCAGGACGUGCACGUCGCCAGGCUCGAGGAGGAGAACCUCACCCUCAAGGAGAGGCUCUUCCUCAUGGAGCAGGAGGUCGGCGACAUGAGGCGCCGUCUCGAAGCCAUCGAGGCGCGCUUUGCUGGGGCUGACGGCGCUGCUGCUGCUGGCAGCGCGGACAAUGCUGCUCUUGUCCUCCAGCAGAAUGCUGGUGCUGAGAAUGCUGUUGUUGUCCUCCAGCAGAGGGCUAAUGCUGAUGCUGAGAAUGCUCUUGUGGAGAAUGGCGUUGAUGCCGCGGCUGUUGCUGCAGGCGACGCUGUAAUUGAGUCUCUGGAAAAUUCUAAUGCUAUUGCUGCUGGUGCUGAAAAUGCUAAUCUUCUUGAGAAAGAGAAGGUUGAUGCUGCCUCUGCUUCUGAUGACACUGUUGAGGAUGCUCUGAAGAAUGACACUGAGAUGGAUGUUGCUACCUCUGCUUCUGCUAAUGUAGUCGCUGAUGCUCUGAAGAAUGACACUGAGAUGGAUGUUGCUGCCUCUGCUUCUGCUAACGCAGUUGAGGAUGCUCUGAAGAAUGACACUGAGAUGGGUGAUGCCACAGCUGAUGCUGGCAACUUGGUUGAGGAUGCUAUGGUGAAUGUCGCGGCGGUUGCUGAUGUCGUCACUGGUGCUGAUAAUGCAGUCAAGGAGUCUGACAUUACCACGGGUGAUGUGGAGCAGGAGAAGAGCGUUGAGGACAUGGCCGGUGCAGGUUCAGAGAAGAAUGCAGAGAUGGCUGAUACUACUGGAAGUGGAGAGGAAGAGGGCAAGGAGCAGGCCUGAUGCUCCAGCUACAAAACGGUGAACAGAGCAAGCAGGCCUCUGACUCUGAUGAUGUGUGCUCCUGCUUGGAGAUGGAAGAUGGACAGUGGAAAAAUGCACAAGGGUUUCCUUCCCUGGUUGUUUGUUACUGUACAUACUUGCAGAUGAAGCCAUGCGACGCGUUUCGGUUUUGGGGACUGAAACGCCGCGUGACCGAGGCGGUGGUUUGUCGGCGUCGGUGAUGAUGUUAUAUGUUUGUUGCCAUUUUGAGUUCUCUAUAUCUGGAACCUGUAGAGGGCAGGCCUGGCGCAGUGGUGAAGUCCUCCCCACUUGUGCCAAGAGGUCCUGGGUUCGAACCAGCCUCUCUGCAUUGCACUUUGCAGGGGUAAGACUAGGUUCCUAUAAUCCCUCCCCAGACCCCACCUUGUGUGGGAGCUUCUAUGCACUGGGUCUGUCCUUUAUAUCUGGAACCUGUAGUGUUUUAGCUAGCUAAGCUAAGCUGCUGCUCAAGGUGGUAGUAACAUACUCGUAUGGAUUUGUUGUUGCUGUUAAGAUGUUGUUGUUAAGAUGAUGACUCUGUUAUUGCUGUAUCCAUCCAUACCGUGCUAUCAUGUUUCUUAA